AUGGAGUCGUCACGUAUCUUCGUGAGGAAUUUGCCCUCUCACUUCACCGAGGCUGACGUGCGGAAACACUUUGCCAAGUUUCCCAUCACUGACGUAAAGUUCUUCAACCACCGACGCAUCGGCUAUGUUGGCUACAAGACGCCCGAAGAUGCUGCAAAGGCUGUCAAGUACUUCAACAAGACCUUCAUCAAGCUCACCAAGAUCUACGCAGAGAUUGCGCGACCUAUUGCCGACAAGGAACUGCCAAAGUCACGGCGGCAGCAGAAACUCGAGAAGAGCGCCCCAGUAAGCGACGAGUACCGACCGGAACGGCAAGAGAACGACCUCAAGCGGAAACGAGAGGAAGCCGAGCAGGACCCGAAGCUGAAGGAGUUCUUGGAGGUCUAUCAGCCGCCGUCUAAGACCAGCAUCUGGGCCAAUGGCGAUACCCAGCUCAAUGAAGCACCUGUCGCAGCCGCUGAAGAGGCCGUACCGGCGAUUGCUGUACCAGAGGAUGAGAGCGACGAUGAAUAUCAAGUCAUCUCGAAGAAGCCAAAGAUCGCUGAAGAGCCUGCGACCGCGUCACCCCCAGCAGCCCCACAGCCAACGUCCGCUGAACCAAGCGCAGCAGCCAUUCCACCAGAAGCUGUAGGUGAUGACGCGAUGGAGGACGUACAAGUAGCGCCAGCCGUCGAACAAGGACCUGUCACGGAUGAGGACUGGCUGCGGUCGAGAACGAACAGGGUUUUGGAGCUCGUGGAAGAUGAUGAAAUGCCAUCAGCUAGCACGGCUCCUGUCGCUGUAGCACCGAAACCAGCUGCCCAACCACGCGCACCUGCUGAGCCUUCUCCGGUCGUUGCCGACGCACAGCCAGAGCCACAACCCCCGGUGGAAGAGCAGACCGAUACUGCUGCCGCGCCUGAUGAGGAGGACAAGAUUCGCGAGACUGGUCGACUGUACCUCAGAAAUCUGCACUACGAGGUGACAGAAGAUGAGAUUAAGGAACAGUUCUCCAAGCACGGAGCUCUCGAGGAAGUGCAUGUGCCGUUGAAGAAGGCAGAUGGCAAGGGUAAAGGUUUCGCCUUCGUGCAAUUCCAGAACCCGAGCGAUGCAGUGGAAGCUUACCUUGACAACGACAACACCAUCUUCCAGGGACGCCUCCUUCACAUCAUCUCCGCGAAAGUGAAGAAAGAUACCAAGCUCGACGACUACGAGAUCUCCAAGCUGCCUCUCAAGAAGCAAAAGGAGAUCAGAAGGAAACAACAGGCGGUCAAGGCCACGUUCAAUUGGAACUCGCUCUACCUCAAUGCAGAUGCAGUUAUGUCCACCAUCGCAAGUCGCAUGGGCAUCAGCAAAGGUGAGCUGCUCGACCCCACUUCGUCAGACGCUGCAGUCAGGCAAGCGCAUGCCGAGACACACAUUAUCCAAGAGACGAAGUCGUACUUUGCGCAGCAUGGCGUUGACCUGGAGGCCUUUCAACGCAGCGCCAAAGGUGAUUUGGCUAUCCUCGUCAAGAACGUACCUCAUACCGUGACGGCCGAUGAGCUCCGCAAACUGUUCGAGGAACACGGCAAAGUGACCAAAUUCCUGAUGCCGCCGACCGGUAUGACAGCUAUUGUCGAGUUCUCGAACGUUGCGGAAGCAAAGACUGCAUUCAUGUCGUUGUCGUAUCGGAAGAUGAAAGAUUCAAUCCUGUACCUGGAAAAGGCCCCCAAGGAUCUGUUCAAGGAAGGUGUCGCAACCAACUUUGUGCAGACCACGCCGUCCGCCCAGCCUUUGCAGUCCUCACAGCCCGGUGUGAAGCUUUCUGCAACUGACCUGCUCGUGGACGACCCUGAGCCCGAGGCUACAAACACCGCCACUUUGUACGUGCGCAACUUGAACUUCUCCACCACAACUGAGCGUCUCACGGAGGCGUUCAAACCUCUGGCAGGUUUCCGGAGUGCCACUGUCAAGACCAAGACCGACCCCAAGCGAGGCGUGCUGUCCAUGGGCUUUGGUUUCGUCGAAUUCAACAGUCCAGAGACUGCCACUGCAGCUUUGCGAGCCAUGGAUGGACACGAUCUCGAAGGGCACAAGCUUCUCAUCAAAGCUUCCCACAAGGGCGCCGAUGCCGCCGAAGAACGCCGCAACGAGGAUGCAGCAAAGAAGGCGGCAAGCACGAAGAUUCUCAUCAAGAACUUGCCGUUCGAAGCCAGCAAAAAGGAUGUUCGUGCUCUGUUCACUCCUUACGGUCAGCUUCGAUCCGUACGAGUGCCCAAGAAGUUCGACGCUUCCUCACGUGGUUUCGGUUUCGCAGAGUUCACCACCAAACGCGAUGCUGUCAACGCCAUGAACGCAUUGAAGAACACACAUUUGUUGGGCCGUCGCCUGGUCCUUGCAUUUGCUGAGACGGAGUCUGAUGAUCCAGAGAAGGAACUGGAGAAGAUGCAACAGAAGGUGGGGGCACAGGCCAACAAGGUCGCCUUGCAACGCCUUACAGAAGGUGGUCGCAAGAAGUUUAACGUUGCAGGCACCGAUGAUCUAGACGACUGA